AUGGCCAAAGUUCUAAGUAAUGGGCCUUGGUUUAUUAAUGGUUUUCACUUUUUGGUUCAAAAAUGGGAACCUCACUUCGUAGCCAGUGAAGCCAAACAACUUAAGUCUGCUGUAUGGAUUCGUCUUCCUCAACUCCCUACUGAAUUUUAUGACUCUACCAUAUUACAAAAGAUUGGUAAUAAAAUAGAAAAAUUACUUAGAAUUGAUGCAUGUACCUCCUCUGCCCUAAGAGGUCGUUAUGCUAGACUCUGUGUGGAAGUCUCAAUGGAAUCGCCAGUUAAACCAUUUGUAUACAUUGGAAAUUACAAACAACAAAUUCAAUAUGAAGGUGAAAAUUUUCUAUAUAAAAAUUGUGGUAGGCUAGGUCACAACCAAACACAAUGCUCGGUCACUCUACAAAAUACCAAUUCCCAAAAGCAACAGGUAAAUAAGAUCACUACUACACAACAAGGAGUCCAAAGUGAUUGUGUCACUACUACACAACAAGGAAUCCAAAGUGAUUGGGUAACUGUCACGUUCAACAAGAAAAAACAUGCUGGCUCAAAGGCAAUCCCAAAAGCAAAGGUAUCCAAUCCAGGUAAAAGAUCAAAUAUCAAUGAUCUAGACUCAGUCACUUUUCAACUAUACACAGUUGACUUUCGUACUGCUGUUAGGGAAACACAAGGGAUCAUGUCCCUGUCAUUUUCUUUUGUCAAAGAGUUAUCUCCUCAUUUAACCCUGGGGCCCCUUGGGCCUGUUGACCUUCCAGGAUAG